GGGCUCAACGCUGCCCUCGCAAAGCCUGCCCCGCUGCCUCGUAAAGCCGCCCUGAGGCACAUACGCAUUCGCCAGGGCCAUUCGGGAGCACCAGACCCGCAGCCAGCACCGCGAAGCACCACCGCGGCCGCCGGCGCGAGACCUUGGGCAGCCACCCCACAAGCACUCGAAGCCGCCGCCCGCGGCGCGCCCGAGCACGCUCACAGCAGCCGCCCGCGCCGCCGGCGCGAAGGACACGAGCGACCAUGGCCGACAACCCCGAGGACACGGGCAAGGACUUCUACCAGAUUCUGGGGAUCAGCCGAGCGGCCACCGAUGCGGAGAUCAAGAAGGCCUACCGCAAGCUGGCCAUGCGCUGGCACCCCGACAAAAAUCCCGACAAGGCCGACGAGGCCCUCGCGGUCUUCCAGGACGUCGGCGAGGCCUACACGGUCUUGACAGAUAAGCAGAAGAAGGCCGUCUUCGACCAGUACGGCUAUGAAGCGCUCCGGGACGGCGUGCCCGACGACACGGGUGGGUACCAGGGCGGCUGGACCUACACGCAGAACGCGCGCGAGAUCUUCACGGAGUUUUUUGGUACGGACAAUCCCUUCGCUGAUUUCGGCUUUGGUUCGGACGUGCCCUUCGCGUCGCGGAUGGCCAAGGCCGGCCCGACGAAGAUGAAGGCCAUCGCGCGGCCCAUGGAUUGUAGUCUGGAAGAGCUGUACUGCGGCUGCCUCAAGACCUUCAACGUCACGCGCAAAAGGUUAGUCCAACCGGUCGAAGACGAAGAUAACCCGAUCUAUGAAGAUGUGACGAAGAAGCUGACGGUGGCCAUCAAGCCGGGCUGGCGGGCGAAGACCAAGGUCACGUUCCCCGGCGAGGGCGACGAGGGUCCCGGGAUCAUUCCCGCGGAUAUUUGCUUUUCGGUGCGGGAAUUGCCCCAUGCCCACUUCACGCGGGAUGGGUUGAACCUACUCUACAUCCACACUAUAUCACUGUCGAGCGCGUUAUGCGGCCACACGGUGAACAUCAAGCACUUAGAUGGACGGACGCUGAACGUGUCUUGUCCGGAGGUCGUCCAGCCGGGCUACGAGAAGGUUGUAAAGGGAGAGGGCAUGGUCAAGGGCGAGGACCGGGGCGAUCUCACCAUUAGGUUCAACAUCGAGUUCCCGAAGUUCCUCGAGGGGCCGCAGAAGGAGCACAUCCAGAAGGCGCUCGGGCUCUAGUUGCGUAAGGUUUCAAACAC